AUGUCGUCCGGCGGGGGCGACUUCUCCGCGGCCGUGGAAGAGACCCCGGAGGCCUGGGAUGGCAACGCUAAGAGCCGACAGGCGUACCCCUCUCAGGCAACUGCCUCAGAGGUCUCAAGCGACGAGCGCGCCGCCGCGAGCCGCGCCGCGCCACCCGGCGGCCCGUUCGUCGCCGCCCUGGACGUGGGCACGACGUCGGUGCGCUGCGUGGUGCUGGACCGGCGCAUGGAGCGGCGCGGCCUCUGCCGGCGGCCCGUGCGCCUGCUCUACCCGCAGCCGGAGCAUGUCGAGAUCGACCCGGACCAGCUGUUCGAGGCCGUGUGUGAGGUGAUUCGCGGCGCUAUCAGCGACGCCGGACUCACCGCCGACCAGAUUGCGACCCUGGGGAUCAGCACUCAGCGUGCUUCUUUCACCACCUGGAGUCGGGAAACCGGCAAACACUACCACAACAUCGUCUGCUGGAACGACAGAAGGGCCAGCGAUCUGGUCCAAUCUUGGAACGCCUCACUGAUGUUCCGGCUGCCGGCACACGCCGCCUGGCUGCUGCACAAGGUGACGGGCAACCCGCGCCUCCAGGCUGUCAGCGUGCUGCGCCUGAUGAACCAGCAGGUGACGAUGCGCCUGCUUUGGUGCAUGCAAAACGUAGCCUCGCUGAAGGCGGACAUCGCGCGCGAGAAGGCGCUCUUCGGCACGGUCGAGACCGUACCUGUCUGUACCGGCUCACCGGCGGAAGGACUGCACGUGUCCGACCGCACCACAAGCUCCGUCACCGGCUUCUACGACCCGUACCUCAUGUGCUGGUCCGGCUAUGCACGCUUCAUGUUCGGCGUGGCGCCGCCCAGUAUGCUGCCCCGCGUCGUGUCCACCACGCACGACUUCGGCGCCACGCGAGCCGACCUGCUCGGCGCCGCUGUGCCCCUCGGCUGCGUCAUCGGCGACCAGGGCGCGUCGCUGUUCGGCGCCGGCUACGCGCGCCGCGGCGACGUGGCCGUUACGCUCGGCACCGGCUCGUUCAUGGACGUGAACACGGGCGCGAGUCCGCACACGUCGGUGCGGGGCCUGUACCCGGCCGUCGCCUGGCAGCGAGGCGACGAGGUGGUCUUCAUGGCUGAGGGCUCGGCCGGCGACACGGCCGUUAGCGUGCUCUGGGGACGCCAGGUGGGCUUGUACGACGCCGUGGAGGAGACGGCGGCGCUGGCCGCGUCGGUGCCUGACGCCGGCGGCGUACUGUUCGUGCCGGCCUUCUCCGGCCUCGCGGCGCCCGUCAACGACUUCAAGGCGGCGGCCGGCUUCAUUGGCGUGACGGCAGCGACGACGCGUGCGCACCUGACGCGCGCCAUCCUGCAGGCGAUAGCGUUCCGGCUGCGUCAGCUGUACGACAGCAUGCGCGCCGAGGCGGCGUUCCCGCUGCACCACGUGCGCGUGUCGGGCGGCGUGGCCAACAAUGACCUGGUGUGUCAGCUGGCGGCGGACGUGCUCGACGUGCGCCUGGAGCGGCCGGCCGACGUGGAGACGUCGGUGCGCGGCGCGGCGGCGCUGGCCGGCCUGGCCGCCGGCGUGUGGCGCGACGAGGCCGAGGUGGACGCGCUCCGGCGCGUGGGCCGCGUGUUCACGCCCGACAAGGCGUCCGGAGACAGGCUGCGCGCCGAGAUGGUCGAGUGGGGGCGCGCUGUCCAGCGCUUCGGCCAAUGGUACGCCGACGAUGUCAAGUGAGCGGCAGACGGCGGGCGGUGGACGGCGCGAGAGGAGCUUCUGCCCCGGUAUCGAUGUCGUGGACGAGAUGAUGGGAUCAGACAUCGGUUGGGAAGUCUGUGUAUCCACGGCGAUGGCAAGAAGGGCUUUCUUCAGCCGUGACUGAGCGCUGUUGAGUGCUCAUUGCGGCAUAUUCCGGCGAUGGUUCGGAGACGGAAAAGUGGCAAAGGAUGGGAAGAUUAUUUGAGAUUAGCAACUGACGCGAGGACACAGGAGUUAUUUCCGUUGCGUUCUUACGCGAGGCUGCUGGCAAGCCCGCUAAUGGUAAGAACGGGGUCUGGUAGAAAUGGUAAGCAGAGUGCAAAUGAAGCUCAUGGAAUUACGCCGCCCACGAAGCCCCGUGUUAUCUGUUAUCAAGGCGUUUCCCGGACGCGUCUGAACAAAUCACUGAGGCUCAUGUUUCAAGGUAUGUACAAGUCCCAACCCGGCCAGUGUUCUACAACGCCUCUCCAACAGUUCCCGUGUGCGCCACGCGUCCGAACCUUUGCGUGUGGCACCCUCGCGUUGCAGCCAGGCAGACUUCCACUGUUUUUGCUCCCGAUAGAUGGCGGUACCGCACGGUGAUUGCCCACGGCUCGGCGGGCUGUGCUUGACUUGAUUCUUGCCACGUGGUGAUGGGGUAGUGUUAAUGCAUUGAAAACAAUUGGUCUUUAGCAUGUGUUCGGCCAUGCAUGGGAGAAUGGGGUGAUGUUUUCCUGUCAUGACGGGUGCUGGUCCAUUGUUUUCGAUAGAUUUUGUGUGAGAAGGGUUAGGGUGAAUAUUUUUUAGCAUGUAUGCAUAUUGAUACGGGCUGCGCCAUUGCUAAUCGCAGAACUGCAGCAUAUUGAUCAAGAAGUGCAAAAUUGUUUUAAACAAAUAGAAGUGCAAACAAAUGCGCAUCAAAAUACGGAACAAACCAUGACGCGCAUUGCACCAUAGUCCGCUAGUUCGUACUCUUGCAGCUGAGAUGGCAGCACAUAAAGCGUCAAGUUACACUGCAAUCUGCACAUUUGUGUCAAUGCUAGGGGCGUCGCGUGAUGAGGAGUGUUUUGCCUUUCCGGAUUGGCCACGAUUCGAUUCGUUACCGGUGGCGUAGUGUGUGAUCCAAAUGACUGUUGAGCCGACAGUUGUGCUCUCGUAUCGAAGAUUGUGCUGAAAUGAGGGUCUAGCCUAACCUGAUAUUUUUAUAGCAUCGUGCAUUGUCUUUAUACAGCGUGGUGGCUUCCGCUAGAUAAAGGGACAACAAGGAAGUAAUCGUUGCAUGUACUGUGGCAGUACAACUGUAAUCCGUCGUCCAUGAUGAUGCCGCAGGGGACGAACUCGGCGUCCCAUACUGACCCACAUCGGCCUACUCGUCUUCCAUGUUGCUCCAUAUUGAUGUG